AUGGGAUUUUUACCUUCCAGAAAUGCGUCAGCGCAACAUAGAGAGAUCUUUCUAAAGCUUCAAGAACUUGAAGGAGACCGUAUCAGGGAUGCUAUGGACUAUAGGUUCGUAUGUAGCAAAAGUCCCCCUUCCGCCAGGAUUAGUGUUGUACCUCCCUCAUUGACGUAUAAUGUAGCGAAUGCAAGCCAGAAUAGGGACAGAAAUAGGUAUUCUAACGUUUUCCCAUGGGAUUGCACGAGAGUGCGAUUAGCAACCAUAAACCCUGAGAAGUACUCCGACUAUAUCAAUGCAUCGCAUAUUCGCCUUCCGAACGAUCAGAAGUACAUAGCAGCUCAGGGUCCAUUGGAGGAGACUAUAAGUCAAUUUUGGUGGAUGUGCUACAAUGAAUCCGAAAGAAAUGGGAACGAUGUAGUAGUUAUUGGAAUGGUGACACCACUAACAGAAAACGGCAUUGUGAAAUGUUCGCUGUAUUGGCCAUCUGACAUAAACGAGCCCAUGGAUUUGUCAGAGUCCCUAGCUGGCGAUGGAUUGAUUUCUCCUAAUAGUAAGUUCUCAGUGCACUUACUUUCGCAAACAUUUGACAAAGAGGGAGAUUUCAUCACUACAGAAUUGAAUUUGAGAUUUGAUUCUAAAGUAAAGAAAGUGUACCAUCUUUACUACUAUAAAUGGGCAGAUACAAAAGUGCCACCCUCGAUUGAUCCGUUAGUAUCUCUUUCGAACAAGAUUAAUCAAGUCAAAGAACUGUACGCAAACGCAGACGACGUAGUUCCAAUUAUUCAUUGUUCUGCAGGUGUGGGUAGGACUGGUACAUUCAUUGUGGUCGACUAUUUAAUUCAGUGUAUGAAAAAAACGGGAGGAAUCCCCAAAGAUGGCGAUAUUAUUGGAGACACUGUAUCCCAGCUCAGAGAACAGAGAAUGAUGAUGGUGCAGACAAUACACCAAUACGAAUAUUUGUACAGGGCACUAGAACAGAUAAAGAAAUUGUUUUAA